AUGGAGAAGCUAGAGAGAAUUCAUCAAAACAGGCAAGUAAUGGCCUUUAUUUUGACAGUGUUCUUGUCUCAGGUUUACCCCGAGCCUAUUCGUUAUUCUGUGCUGGAGGAAACAGAGAGCGGCUCCUUUGUAGCCCAUCUCACCAAGGAUCUGGGCCUGGGAACUGGGGAACUGGCUGCCCGGUCGGCUCGGGUGGUGUCUGAUGAUGACAAGCAGCAUUUACUGCUGGAGCGUCAGACUGGAAAUUUGCUUUUGAGGGAGAAACUAGACCGGGAAGAGCUAUGUGGCCCUAUUGAACCGUGUGUACUGCACUUCCAAGUGUUCCUGGAAAUGCCAGUGCAAUUUUUUCAAGGAGAAUUAUCAAUCCAGGACAUAAAUGACCACUCUCCAGUAUUCCCUGAUAGUGAAAUGCUCUUGAAAAUACCAGAAAACAGCCAGCCAGGGACUCUAUUUCCAUUGAUAUCAGCUCAGGAUUUGGAUGUGGGCAGCAAUGGUCUUCAGCACUAUACAAUCAGCCCCAAUUCUCAUUUUCACAUUCUCACUCGAAAUCAUAGUGAGGGCAAGAAAUACCCAGAUUUGGUGCAGGACAAAGCACUGGAUCGAGAGGAGCAGGCUGAGUUCAGCUUAACGCUAAUGGCGCUGGAUGGUGGGUCUCCACCUAGGUCUGGCAUGGUCAUGGUUCGAAUCCUGAUAAUGGACGUCAAUGACAAUGCUCCUGAGUUUGUGCACACCUCAUAUGAGGUGCAGGUUUUGGAAAACUGCCCCAUAGACUCUCCAAUACUUAGUGUCUUAGCUAGGGAUGUCGAUGCUGGAAACUUCGGGAGUGUUUCCUAUGGCUUGUUCCAAGCAUCAGAUGAAAUCAAACAAACUUUCUCAAUAAAUGAGGCCACAGGAGAAAUCCGACUGAAAAAGAAACUGGAUUUCGAAAAAAUUAAAUCUUAUCACAUGGAAAUUGAGGCUACAGAUGGAGGAGGCCUUUCUGGGAAAGGCGCUGUAAUCAUAGAGGUGGUGGAUGUGAACGACAACGCCCCCGAACUUACCUUAUCUUCCCUCACCAGCUCCAUCCCAGAAAACGCUCCUGAGACUGUGGUCUCCAUCUUCAGAAUUCGAGAUAGAGAUUCCGGAGACAAUGGAAAGAUGUCUUGCUCUAUUCCAGACAACCUGCCAUUCAUUCUAAACCCAACUUUCAAGAAUUUCUACACCCUGGUAACAGAAGGAGCGCUGGACAGAGAAAGCCAAGCUGAGUACAACAUCACCAUCACCGUCACCGACUUGGGGACGCCCAGGCUCAAAACCGAGCACAGCAUAACCGUGCAGGUGUCCGACGUCAACGACAACGCCCCUGCCUUCACACAAAGCUCCUACACCCUGUUCGUCCGCGAGAACAACAGCCCCGCCCUGCACAUCGGCAGCGUCAGCGCCACAGACAGAGACUCGGGCACCAACGCCCAGGUCACCUACUCGCUGCUGCCGACCCACGACCCGCACCUGGCCCUCGCCUCCCUGGUGUCCAUCAACGCGGACAGCGGACACCUGUUCGCCCUGCGGUCGCUGGACUACGAGGCCCUGCGGGCGUUCGAGUUCCGCGUGGGCGCGGCAGACAGAGGCUCCCCCGCGCUGAGCAGCGACGCGCUGGUGCGCGUGGUGCUGGUGGACGACAACGACAACGCGCCCUUCGUGCUGUACCCGCUGCAGAACGGCUCUGCGCCCUGCACCGAGCUGCUGCCCAGGCAGGCCGAGGCGGGCUCCCUGGUGACCAAGGUGGUGGCGGUGGACGGCGACUCGGGCCAGAACGCCUGGCUGUCGUACCAGCUGCUCAAGGCCACGGAGCCCGGGCUGUUCGGCGUGUGGGCGCACAACGGCGAGGUGCGCACGGCCCGGCUGCUGAGCGAGCGCGACGCGGCCAGGCACAGACUGCUGGUGCUGGUCAAGGACAAUGGCGAGCCGCCGCUGUCGGCCACCGUCACGCUGCACGUGCUGCUGGUGGACGGCUUCUCCCAGCCCUACCUGCCGCUGCCGGAAGCGGCGCCGGAGCGGGCGCAGGCCGACUCGCUCACCGUCUACUUGGUCAUCGCGCUGGCCUCGGUCACCUCGCUCUUCCUGUUCUCGGUGCUCCUGUUGGUGGCGGUGCGGCUGUGCAGGAGGCGCAGGGCGGCCUCGGAGGGCCGCUGCUCGGUGCCUGGGGGCCGCUUUCCGGGCCACCUGGUGGACGUCAGCGGUACGGGGACCCUGUCCCAGAGCUACCAGUAUGAGGUGUGUCUGAAGGGACACUCUGGGACUGGUGAGUUCAAAUUCCCGAAGCCAAUAUUCCCCAACCUCUUGGUUCAAGACACUGGGAGAGAAGCUAAGGAUAAUCCCAACUGUAGCAAUCGCUUUGUUUUCAAUUAA